AUAUUGUGACUAUGAUCACAUGUCUGCUGUGUAUUUAAAUGUGGAUGUUUCUGUGUGAGAUCAGCAGCCGUCCAGCAAACCUCAUCCAGCCGACCACGUCUGCACACACGAACCCAUAAUGUCUUUCAUCGCUGAGCUCCAAGUGUCUUUGAACAAAGCCGAGGAGUUUGCGCUCCGUGAACAAGGCUUCAAGAAAAUCUUUGUUAAUCUGAACGAAGGAGCCGGGGGAAACUUCGUCUACCUCUGGUACAAAAAAGGCGAUCAUGCAAUUACCAGGAUUCAGAUUUCCUUCAACGAUGAGAUGUCCACGGGUCUGUCCAGUGCAGGGUUCAAAAAGAUCGACAAAAACCUGAACGAGGGGGCAUGUGGAGGUUCUGUCUACCUGUGGUACUACAAAGGUUCCUUAAAGUACGAUGUUCCCAUCAGGAAACUCGAUGUCUCUGUACAAGCAGGAGAUGAACCCUACAAGUAUAAACUGGGCUGGGAGAGACUGGCCUGUGACCUGAACCGUGGUGCUGGAGGAAACUGGAUCUAUCUGUGGUUGAAGAGAGAGAACCCCACCUACAUCUGUGACAUCAAGGCCACUGCUAAAUUUGAGGAAGAUGACGACAACUUCAAUGAUGGCUACAUCCGGGUGGAUGAAGACACCAACAGGGGAGCAGGAGGGCCCUACAUCUUCAUCUGGUACCGUCAAACCACAGACCCCAAGGACACCAUCAGUGAGCUGGAAAUCUCCUCCAGUGAUGUCAAGCAAAAGAGCCUCCAAGACCAAGGCUAUGAAAUCGUGAACCAGGAUCUGAACGAGGGCACCGAGGGAAAGGAGGUGUUCCUGUGGUACAAGAAAGACAGCGGCAGCGCUCCCAUCAAGGCCGUCACCGUGCUCGCCGACCCAGCAGCUAAGCAGGCGUAUGACAAUGACGGGCUCAACGUGAACCCAGAAAACCUCAACACAGGCAACCCAGGAGCUGCUCCCGUCUACCUGUGCUAUCAUCAGUGAGAGCGGUCAUGGUAAAAGAAGUGAGCACGCUCACUGAGCAGAAACCCAGAGGUCUGAUGAUGUUUUUUUUCUUUAAUGAUGUUCAAUCACUGUGAUCUCAGAGGUUUGUCUGCACCAGCGAUCAUUGAUCCUCCAACCAAUCUGAUUGAUUAGCUCUGAAUCACUUUAUUCUGUUUAUUGUCUCUCUUUCAAUAAAGUCUGUUUAGCAUCUGAAA